AUGACGACAGUCGUCAAGGUAAAUUAUAGUUCGGUAACUGGCAAUGUGGAUAAUUUGGAAGGUGGUCUUGAUGGAGUUGUGCAAGCGAUCGCUUGCGAACAACAAGUCGGAUGGGCUCAUCAAGCGCGAAAAUUGAUGUUGGUAGCAACCGAUGGACUCUUGCAUUUCGCUGGAGAAGGAAAGUUGGGAGGUGCAGUAGAUCGUCAAGACUUUCAAUGUCACAUCGAUGAACGUGGACGAUACUCCAUGGCAAAAAAAUACGAUUAUCCGUCUCUAGCGGAGGUAUCUCGACUGUUGCGCGAGCACAAAGUGAAUUUGAUUUUCGCUGUGACGGAGGAUCGUCGCCGCGAGUACGAACCAAUCGCCGAUUUGCUGAUGGAGCAAGCUAGAGUGGCUACUCUAACACGAAACAGUUCCAACAUUCUCGAGAUCAUCGAGAGCGCCUAUCACGAAAUCGUGAGCAAGGUAGUACUUCGUGAUAAUUCUACCGGUCCGUUGCAUCUCAAGUAUUUGUCCACGUGCGGUGGAAAGACGAGCGUGGAAUCAGACACGUCUGAGUGCGACGGUAUACAAGAGGGUCAAGUGUAUGAGUUCAAAAUCGUCGUAUCGGUAGACGAGUGUCCGAGAAACGAAAGUCUUUGGAAACAAACGGUGGUGAUCGAUGAUGCGUUAGCAUCCGAGGCAUCGGAGGUGCAAAUUGAGGUAGAACUAUUGUGCGGUUGCGACUGUAAGAACGUGAAAAGUUUAUAUUGCGAGCAUGGAGUCAAUGAAUGCGGUAUAUGCAAAUGCGACUUCGGCUGGUCCGGAGAGACUUGUAACUGCGAUGAGAGUUCUCCGACAGAAAACAGACUGCUAUGUAUUCCCGUCAACAACACGGAAGUCUGCUCGAACAGAGGCGAAUGCAUUUGUGGUACUUGCAACUGCGAUAAGGGGUAUUAUGGGCAUUUCUGCGAGUGUUCUCCUUGCGACAAAAGCGAUGGAAUCGAAUGUGGCGGUCGUGGGACAUGCGAUUGUGGUGUUUGCAAUUGUCUUGAUGGAUGGGAGGGCAAUAGCUGUCAAUGUCGGUCCGGCAACAAACUGUGCAUCACUCCUGGCACCAAGGACGUGUGUGCUGGUCAUGGAUAUUGCGACUGUGGACACUGCCGAUGCAACGAAACAGCAGCGGAUGGUCUUUAUUAUCGAGGUACCUAUUGCGAAUCGUCGGCGAGUGCGGGCGGUAGUGGACUCUGUAUCCUCUACAAUACUUGCGUGAAUGUUACGGUCGAAUAUCCGGAGAAAGCGGAAGAACUAUGUCAGACGAACACGACUUUUUACAAAACCGUGCGAGUGGACACAGUGGAUAUAGGUAACCAGCAUUACUGUUUUGUGAGAAUGGUACAAGAUAAAACCAUCUGCACUAUACCUUACAUAUUCGAAUUUCAGUCAGAUAACACGGUUCUAUUGAGAAUUGCCGAUAAAAUUUGUAACACGCCGAUACACGUCGCCUUCAUUCCGAGUGUUCUCUGUGGCGCUGUAUUGUUGUUAGGAAUUAUUUCUUUAUUAAUAUGGAAAUGUUGGACUUCGAUAAAAGAUCGUAGGGAAUACGCAAAAUUUGAACAAGAACAAAAGAGAACCAUUUACGCUUUAGACGAAAACCCGCUUUUCCGUCCAGCUAUUACUCGAUUUAGAGUGCCUUCCAUGUACAAGGACGAGUGAGAAUAAUUAACAAUCAUUACGCAUAAAUGCAGAAAUUUAAAACUGUUAAUUAUAUAUUUUAUUGUUGAUAUAAAUAUCACGUUUAGAAUUUAUAAAUAUUUAUAACAAAGUAUCAUAUAAGUUAAUUUAUACGUGCAUAUUUUAAUUAUUUUAUAAUUUACAAUUUGUUUCAUUAAUGUCGGCUUAAAGAUGAAAAAGUUUCUUCAGAAGAUGCUUUACAUAAUUCGUUCCAAAAAUGAUUUCCAGUUGUGAACAAAAUUUGCUGUGUACAAAUAAGACGAAUGUUUUUAACAAAAUUAUAAAUCUAUAUAAAAAAAUAUAAUAUGCUUUUUUAUGGUUUAUACACCAACGUUAUCUGAAAUUAAUUCAGUUGUCCACUCAUGUCCAAGCGAUUCUUUAUAGGUGACAUCUGAAAUAGGUUUAUUUUGGGACCAUAACGCAGACAGUAAAGAGCCAUCUGGAAAAAUAUACGUUCCUCUGCCGUUUAUUAUUCCAUUCGCUUCUAUUUCACCUUUGUAUUGUGCAUUAUUGUUAUAUCUUAUAAAAAGUGAACAUGUUAUAUUAAUAUUUUGCUAAAUUGCAUUUUAUAUUAAAAUAAUGUAGUUUAACAUAUCGAUUACCGAAUGUAAAAUUCACCGUUGGCAAACUUAUCGUCGCACCAUUUACCAUCGUAUACGUCGAAAUUAUCAGUUAAAUACAUUCCUUGAUCUAUAAAUCGCGAGUAUUGAUGCAUGAUUCACUGGUCGAGAUAAAAUAUAUAUAUCGAUACCAUAAUCGCUAAAUAUACAAAAUGUUAACCUUGCUUAACUAAAAUGCGUCUGUCGAUAUCGGUUUGAUAUUUUCCCUCGUAGCUGUCUCCAUUUUCAAAAAUAAAUCUUGCAGUACCGAUUCUUAUAUUUGAAUUUUCGGAUACGGCGUCAAUUGGUUUGAGAGUUUUCAAGCUAUUCUGAUGUUUCAUAUUUCAAGAAUAUCUUUUCUUUUUUCUCUCCUUCUAUACAAAGAUUUCUUUUUGCGAUUUCGUAUACAUUAAAAAAGCUAUGCUAAUGGGCAUAAUUUAACUCUCACCUUGAAGAGCUCGUUAUAUUAUGUUAUAUACGUACGAGAAAUUUUGCUGAGACAAAAACUUCUGUCGUAUCGCGAAAGCAGCGAAAUUUUAGUGAAAGUAAGCCUUUUCGUGUUGAUCUGUUUACGUGCGAGAAACUGCGCAAUGUAUUAUGUCCAGAAAAUUAUACGAUUUCUAAGAAUUACUGAUUUACAUGAUAAAUCACUGCAAGAAGAUACUUGAUAAUUAAAAAAAAAAAAAUCGAUUAUAGUUGUCAAAAAAAGUAUGCUUUUAACAAAAUACAGUUCUGUCAGACUUACAUUCAUCCAACAUAUCGUUCGCAAGAAAAAUCUAAUAGAAUAAUUUAUUAUAUCUUGUCGUGCUGUAGAGUACAAAAAUGUUAUACAUAAAAUAAAUUUCUAAAGAUAAGCUAUGGCACUGUGCAAAAGUUAGCAUUCAUCAAAGGAAUAUAUAUUUCCAUAUUGAUGCUAAUAAAAUUAUUCUAUAAAAAUAUUUUUUAUAUAAAUUUGUUAUUUAUAUUCUAAUUCUAUAUUAAAAAUGGGGCAAAAUAUUACUUUGCAGCGCCUUAACAGCGCUGCCUCUUUCGUAUACGAGAAAAUUUUUAAGAUAACUAUCAUUAAUAAUUUAUCUGAAUCUCUCUCUCUCUCUCUCU